CGGCCUCGCUGGUAGCGGGAAGUUGAAGCGUGUAGUGGAGUCUGUAUGUGGAAGGGAUGAGAGGGGACUCGGUGCUGAGCAGUGCGGCACUUCCUGUGUGCUCCUCGCUCGGUGUUCUCCCCGCACUGUCAUGGCUGCUGUACAGCUGGGGGGCUCCGUCUUCCUGCACCUCCUCCGUGCUCACUGUCCGGCCUCAGAUCUAGGUCCUAUCAGUGUGAACUGGUUUGAGGAGCUCACUGCAGAAGCUGUACAGAGGCAGUCCAGGCUGUGUGUAGAUGAAGAGAAGGGAGUGGAAGGACUGGAUGACAGCCUUUUUAAGACCCCAAAACGCAAACGACCAAUCGACAGCCAGCUUGACUCUACACCAAUCAUAUUUAAAGAACAAAGCCUUUGUUCACCCCUUUUCCUUUCACCAACCAGGGAUUUUCCUAAAAAUCAACCUUCGGCAAAAAAUGUCAGUAAAACAGAAAAAAGUCCCGGAGAUGCAACGCAGUGUCUUCGCGAUGAAGUCUUUGGUACCUCAAAGCAGUGUCAUAACAGUCCUAGUGUUAUGGGGGAGAUGUUUAAGACUCCACUUUGGGAUAAAAAGUACACCUACAGAACACCCCAGCGGGAUUGGAAAAAUGAUGUGUUUGAUAGCCUGUGUUGCACACCAAAAUUUAUUGGGAACACAACCUCAAGGUGUAUAUCAGAAAGUCUUGGUGCAGAAGCAGACCCUGAGAUGUCUUGGUCAAGCUCUUUAGCAACACCACCCUCUCCAACAGUGAUAAUUGCUCAAGCUAAUGAUGAAACUUCUAAAAUAAGGCCCUUUGAUAAUAAAGAUGCGGUGAUUGUGCAGAGCCUAUUUUCUAAGCUUUGUAAUGAUGCAGAAACAUCUUUUAUGGCUGGACCAACUGACCCCAAGGUUGACAAGGACUUCCAAAUGAAGGCUGAUGACCACUUGGCUGAUUCAGCUUAUGCUGUUCCUAAUGAAGCAGCCAGGGGUGCAUUUGAAUCUUCUGAGUCUGGGGAGGUGCAAAAGAACGUUCUAAAGAAUAAAGAUGCUUGUCAGAAGACUGAGAAUGUUCUUGAGGGGAUGGAAGACAUCUUGUCCAUAUUUUUUACUCGUGAGAAACCUCCAGGACUGAGAAAAGUGAAGGUUGAUAAUCGAGCCAAAAGAAGAAAAAAAAAUGAUAGUAAUGGGGUUCAGGAAUCUGCUGUUGGCCAGAGUAUAUUUUCCUUGGAGGCAUUCCUUAAUAUGGAGAGCCAGAAUAAAUGCAACAAACCUGAACUGGAAAACACGCAUGUUGCGAAUUUUCAUCCCUCUUCUAUGCCGUCUUCAUAUGAAUGGUCUCCAAUAGCCCUGCCUGAUCUAAAUACCACACAGGGAGAUGUGCACUUGCCAGUUCAAACAGAUGUGAUUUAUGGGGGAGGAAAGGAGUUGGGACCUUCAAUAACUAAUUAUUCACCAACAAGGAACAGUGGAAAAUCCAGUUCAUACCAUACACCAGCAGGAUCCUGUAAAGUGGCCAAUGGUCUGGAAAUGGCCAUUCCCAUUACUGUACAACAGACAUUACCUGACACAAAGCCUGAUGUGGACACAACUUGCAGUGCUCAGAACACUAGACCAACAGAGGGAACUACUUCAGCUGACCUGGAGCUGUCAGCUCAACAAGUGCUGGUAGAAAUAAAUGAGAAAAGACCUCAGAUAGGGAGUACCAAUAUAAAAGCUACACUUUCUAUAUUGAAGAGGCAGCCAAAGUUUCUGUAUUGUUUAAAUGAUGGGAAAAAUGGUCAAGAUGGAAGAACAAGGGACAUUGGUAAAGUUUCACACAAUGAGCCUAUUAGAAUACCUGAAAAACAUGCUGGAUUUGGAGAAGUUCAAAAGGAACUGGAUUCAGUGAAUGCAGCAUGUACACAUAUACAGCAAGAUGCACAACUUGAACCUAAAGAAGACUCUGAAUAUUUGAAAGAGGAUGCUCUGGAUGUCCAGGAAAUUGAAGAAAACCUCUUGAACUUGAAGCACGUGGACAAACCAAUUUCUAAGCAAGCACCCCGUUUAGACACUGCUACUGACAUUUCAACAACCAUUAAUAUCCAAGCGGAUGUAAAGGGGACAGAACACAGGAAUACUGGAGAUGCCUCAAAGAAAUCCUUGCUGGAAUCUGUUAGUAUCUCCAAAAAAAACAGUAUUGAUAAAAAUGUAGGGCACAGUGAUGUUACAUUAGCUAAAAAACAAGUUAUGGAAAAUGACCAUUCUUCAGAUGUCACCAAAGACCAUAAAGAACAGCUUGACAGCCACGAGGAAUGUGCUUUUUCAACUACAGAGCAUCACAAUGCCAGCACUGACAGUCUUCCACUUGAUGUAUCUCUUUGCAUCAGAAAGGUUGAGAACUUUGGAGGCUUUAAAACAGGAUCUAACAAGCUUAUUUCUAUUUCAGAAGAAAACCUGAGAAAGGGAGAACUUCUGUUUAAAGACGAUGAUCCUAUACAUCAUAUUAGUCACCCUUUACCUCCAGCUGUUGACAUUAACAACACUCUUGACAUUGCUGAUUCAGCAUCAGUGUUCAAUGGAUUCAGAACAGCAUCACGUAAGGAAAUUAAAGUUGAUGAAUGUAAAAUCGCUAAGGGAAUGCUCCUGUUUAAAGAUCUUGAAGAUGGAAUGUGUGAUAACAUCAUCACCAAUAAGGAUUUACGUACGCCAGCUGCUAACUUGGUGCCAGAAAAUGAGAAAGCAAGAGAACCAGAUAAUAAUUUUGAGCCCUUGAACAAGCUGUCAACAGAGGAGACAAAGGAUAGCCGAACUUCAAAUCUAUUACGCUUAAACAACCAUUCCUCCAAAGAAGUCCAAAUUAAAGGGAUGCGUAGCCAAAAUGUUUUACUCUUGCAACAUAGCAAAAGUAGCACAUCUGAUGGAAAAAGCCAGAAGGAAACAAGUUUAUCUUCUGAAAUCCAGUCCCGCUUCUGUGAGAUACUGACAGAAAGUCAGAAAGCUGAAGUCAGUGAACUGUCUUCUAUUCUCGAGAAUGCAGACAGUCAGUUUGACUUCACACAGUUUCGGAAAACCGGUACCGUAACAUCAAAUAAUAAUCAAAACUUGCGGAGUGCUGAAGAUGGUAUUGGCGAAUCUGAGAAUCUUAAUAAUUCUGAUGUUUGGAACGAUGUUGACUUCAAUGAUAGCUUUGCAACUGGAGCAGAACAUGUAGAAAAUAAAGAUUCCAGUGUCAAAUUGUCAUUGGAAAAGAAAGAUAACUCUGUUGGAGCAACUGCUUAUGACUCUGGUGUGGCUUCGGUAUCUGAAAAAUUGGUUUCCAAAGACAAAAAGAAGAAAUUUGGUGGAUUUAGCUUAGCGAGUGGGAAAUGCAUAAACAUUACUGAUGACGAUAUGGUCAAAGCUUUUGAAUUGUUUUGUGAUUUAGAUGAUACCACAUUGUCGGUAAAGCACCCCUCAACAGAUGUCAACAAAGGGAAUUUUCCUACAACUUCAGCUGUUCCCUCGACACCAAAUGUUCAGCAAGUUUCAAAAGAUUCUAUCACUGUUCCGCGUAAUGUUAAGGAAUCGAGCAUUGUAUACUCCAAAACCGAAUCCUCUACAAAAUGUGAAAAAAGGAGUUCAACUUUUAAUGAAUAUAUGUUUAAUAGAGAGAAACAUAAUUCCAAAAUGAAAUUGAUGAAUGAGUUUGUGGAUAGUGGUAAUGAGGUUAGCGGUUCUGAAGAAGCAUUUUGUGUACAAAAUAUCAACACUGCAUCCUGUGGAAGUCUUGCUUCUGCUUCUUGUGUCUCGACAAUGCCAGUUGGGUUUUCUACUGGAAAAGGCAAAGUUAUUAGUGUUGAUAAGGCAGCUCUAGCAAAGGCAAAAUCCAUCUUUAAUGAUCUAUUACAUCCAGAUGACAUAGAUAGGAAUCAAGGUUCGACUUCCGGUGUGGUUGUAAAGGAAAAUAUAAACACAAUUAGUCAUGGUGAACCUGGCAAGAGAACACAUGAACUAACUGUCGAACAAUCUGCUGUUGGUUUCAUCACAAGUGGAACAGGUGCUCCUAUUCCUCACGAUUCUGUCCAGAAAGAAAAAACAAUUUUUGACAAGGUCUCUGGAUCAGAACUGGCUCAUUGUAUAUCCUUGCCUAAGGAAGAUACUCUUAAUACAAAGAGAGUGGAAUUUAGCACUGCACAUGGUAAAUCUGUUCAUCUUUCUGAAGAGUCUUUGAGGAGAGCUCAAGAGAUAUUUGCUGAUAUAGAUGACCACCAUCUGGUAACUGUUGGGGAGAAUUCUAAAUUCAGUCUGUGUGACGUAGAGAAGAUCAGUUCCAGGUCACCCAAUACCAACAACGUACAAGAUGUAUUAAGCAAAACCCUGCAAGAAAAAGAGCCUGUCCUCCCUCUACUAGGUUUCAGUACAGCUAGUGGUAAAUCUGUAGUAGUCUCUUGUGAUUCUCUGCAGAAAGCAAAAAUGAUGUUUGCAGAAACCGAUUUGGCAGUACAUAAUGGACUUGAGGGAAUAGAGUACCAGCAAAUGCACGAUAGACCUCGGUCAAAUCCAGCUGAAAUUAAAUUGAGUAAGCCGAACAUUAGGGGUUGUAAUGUUGCCACGAAAAACACCACACAAGUGAUUGUUAAUGUCCCUCCACCUCUAGGUUUCAGCACAGCAAGUGGGAAAACAGUAGCAGUGUCUAAUGAGUCUCUCCAAAAAGCAAGGCGGAUGUUAUCUGAUACUGAUAAUAGUGGGUUGGAAAAUGGAUUUCAAUCCAGUCAGACUGGACUUGAAAUAGGUAAUCAGGAAAAAUGCAGGGAUCUUGUUUUGUGCUCCUCAGAAAACACAAAACUUAGUAAGGUACGUCUAGCAGAGGGUAAUCCAAUGAAACCAUUUCUUAGAGAUGGCACCACUGAUUCUUGUUUGGAAAAAACUGAUUUACCACCUAUAGUAAAAACGUCCAGAGUAGCACAGCCUAGAGAUAUGCAUUUACCACAGGAAACUGCCCCCAAUAUAGUGAAGCCAUCUUUUAUCACAGCAGGUGGUAAACCUCUUCAAAUGUCAGAAAAUGCUUUGAAAAAAGCUUGUGAAAUGUUUGCUGAAAUAGACGGGCAAUUGGAAAACUCAUGUUCUCUUAAACAGAGUGUAGAAAGAAAUACUAAAUGGAAUACCCCAGAGAGCAGCAAUGUACAAGACCCAGCAUCACCCACUGUAUCAAAGGAAACAAUCCUUGCACUUCCAGCUCCAGGCUUUAGCACUGCAAGUGGAAAGAAUGUCGCAGUGUCUGCUGAUGCCCUCCUAAAAGCAAGGAUUUUGCUCGCUGAUGGUGAAGAUGGCAUUACUGAUGAAAGUAUAGCUCAAGGUAAAAGCAAAGCAAUCAGUGUUAAAAACCGUGAAGAAAAUGAAAUGACUUUGAAGCCCAGUACAUUUCACUCAGGCACUAAAGAAUUAAUGUCACUCUCUAAAACGAGCCGUGGUAUGUAUCCAUUUUCUGAAGACCAUAUGCCUGAAAAAGCUUCCAAAAUGUUAGUGAAUAACAGUUUUAUGCCUGGGAUGCCAUGUUUUAGCACUGCCAGCGGUAAAACAGUAACUUUAUCAGAAGAGGCUUUAAAGAAAGCUCAACAAAUAUUUUCAGAAAUGGAAAACUGUCCCUCGCAACAAGACAAACUUGAGGACGUUCUUGGUGACAAUCCUUUACGUGUAUCCAAAGUUCAAACAUCAUUACAUCAAAAGCCAAAAGAGCAGACAACUUUAGAAACUUCAGAAACAAGUAAUUUACCUAAAACGACUACUAAUAGAUUUGGAUUUAGCACAGCAAGUGGAAAACAAGUCUCUGUUUCAGAAACGGCAAUACAGACAGUUAAGGACCUAUUUCAAGAGUUUACAGAAUCUGAAAACCUUCAAGAACAUUGUCCUAAUGGGAAAGGUGACAGCAACAGUAGUAAGACGGCAAACACGCUCACUCCAUUAGUGAACAAAGCUGAUGUUAUUGCUAAUUUUAAUGACGAGCUUGUUGAAUUGCAGAACCACAGGGCAAGGACAAGAGAGAAUAUUAACAUAGGUAGACCAUCUAUUGCAAGCUCUUGUGAUUCUCAGCGUCCGAUGCUUAGGCAUUCCACUCCAUUUCACAAUACAAGAGUACCUAGCAAGAGGAAUACUGUUUCUUCAAUGACAUCUCGCACACCUGAGAACUAUUUUGAAAUUGAGGCUGCUGAAAGUGCAAAAGCUUUCAUGGAUGAUGAAGAUUUAACUGAUGGUAUAAUGAAAGCAGACGCUACCAACAAGCUUCUGAUUCUUAGAAAUGGGAAGCGAUUAAGAUCUGAUGAUAGAACUUCACAUGGUGAACCACCAAUCAAAAGACAGCUUUUACCAGAAUUUGACAGAUCGUUGAUGCAAGAAUCGAAACUGGCUUUGAAACCUUUAACAAGCAGCCCUCAUAGUGAUUUUAAAGAUAGAAGAAAAUUUGUAUACAAUGUUUCUUUAAAGGCCUCAUUCUGUGAUCCUAUGAGCUUUUCUGCUGGAAACAAGGAAGCCCAGAAAUCUCAGCUUAUUACUAGAUCUGCUGCUUUUCGACAUUCCUCGUCAGACAUUUCUGCUGAUGCUUCUGAUGAUGGAAGGCAACUGAAAGACAUACCUUCUUACAAACCAGCUACUGGCACAUCUGAGGAAUGGACAAGUGACCAAGAUGACCUAGAACCACACAACAGUGCGGAUGUUUCCCAAUUGCUUGCAAGUCUACAUUGUGCCAGAGACCUGCAAGAAAUGAGAGUACGAAAGAAACAAAGGCAGAACAUUAAACCAUACUCGGGAUCAUUGUAUGGACUAAAAGCCACGUCUACGGACAGAAUUACACUGAUUUCAGCAGUACAAGGGAAGCUGCCUACAAUGUACCCAAAGGAACAGUUGUACAGGUUUGGCGUUUUAAAAAACCAUAUUGGAAUCGACAGUGAGACAGCCAAGAUUUUUGACUUCCAUUGUUUGGAUUAUUUCACAAAGAGCUGUCUGUCUGGUGGUGGAGUGCAGAUCGCAGAUGGUGGUUGGCUGAUACCUUCUGAUAAACUGACUGCUGGCAGGGAGGAGUUCUACAGAGCUCUAUGUGACACCACAGGCGUGGAUCCGAAGCUGAUCUCCUCAGAAUGGGUGUACAAUCACUAUAGGUGGAUUGUGUGGAAACUGGCUGCAAUGGAGGUCAUGUUCCCUGAACAGUUUGCAGGAAGAUGUCUGACACCAGAGCGGGUCCUAUUACAGCUCAAAUACAGGUAUGAAGUGGAAAUUGAUAAAAGCCGGAGAUCAGCUCUCAAGAGGAUCAUGGAGAGAGAUGACACAGCCGCCAAGACCCUUGUGCUUUGUGUUUCUAAAGUCAUUUCCUGGGGAGGCAAUGAUAAGAGUGAGUCCAAAGAUACUAAGCAAGGUCCUGCUGUCAUAGAGGUGACCGAUGGCUGGUAUGGAAUCAAGGCUUUGUUGGACACUUCGCUAACUGCAUUGCUCCACAGAAGGCGGUUGUUCGUUGGUCAGAAAAUAAUAAUACAUGGGGCAGAAUUGGUGGGUUCAGAAGAGGCAUGCACUCCCCUGGAAGCUCCGGAAUCUCUUAUGUUGAAGCUUGCAGCCAACAGUACUCGUCCUGCUCGCUGGUAUACCAAGCUUGGGUACUUCUGUGACCCCAGACCUUUUUGCGUUCCUCUAUCAUCCCUGCUUGCCGAAGGUGGCAUUGUGGGGUGCGUUGACAUUGUCAUACAAAGGAUCUACCCUAUACAGUGGAUGGAAAAAAUGGCCAACGGCACGUAUGUAUUCCGUAAUGACCGAGCAGAGAAAAGAGAAGCAGAACGUCAUUCUUUGAAACAGCAAAAAAAUCUGGAAGUCUUAUUUUUGAAGAUUCAGCAAGAGUUUGAACAGCAGGAGGCAUGCGAAAGUAAAGCAAAAGGUACAAAGCGCAAUUCUUUAAGUGUAACCCAAAUUGCUGCGCUUCAGGAUGGUGCAGAGAUCUAUGAGGCCCUUCAGAAUGAACCUGAUCCAGGAUACUUGGAGUCAUGUAUGAGCAGUGAGCAACUGCGUGUCCUGAAUCAUUACAGACAGGUUAUUAAUGAUAAGAAACAAGCUCUAAUCCAGACAGAAUUCAGGAAAGCCAUUGAAUCUACUGAGCAAGGGUCUGAAGGGUGCACAAGAAGAGAGGUGACACCUGUAUGGAAAGUGCGCAUUGUGGAUUACAAGGAGCAAGAUCCAACCUCAGCCUAUAUACUCAACAUAUGGCGCCCUUUACCUGAUCUAGUCUCCCUUCUAAAAGAGGGAUGUCACUUCAAGAUAUAUCAGUUGGCGACUUCCCAUCCAAAAUGCAAAGCAGACACUGCAGCUGUGCAGCUAACCGCUACGAAGAAGACGCAGUUCCAGCAGCUGCAGUCCUCACAGGAUAUCCUGGAACAGAUUUACACAGAGAGGCAAGUGACCGACUUCAGCCAGCUCAUGGAGCCUAAUUUUAAAACGGAGUAUGGUGAAGUCGACAUUGUGGGCUUGGUGAUAUCCAUACACCAAAAAAUAGGUGCUGCUCCUAUUGUGUAUUUGUCUGAUGAAGCCCAUGAUAUUGUAGCCGUUAAGUUCUGGAUAGACCUGUCUCAGCUCUCCCUGGAGGAACUUGCAAAACCGGGUACUUUGAUUGCAGCCAGUAACCUUCGCUGGAGAUCAGAAUCUACUGCUGGAAUUCCCAUAGUGUCUUUUGGAGAUCUGUCCUAUAUUACUGCCAACCCCAAAGAGACACAUUUACAAAAGGCUAUUCACAAACUUCGCCAGUCUGUCCAGGCUACCCAGAAGUUCCACCAUGAAGCAGAGAUACAACUGUUCAACAUCCUGAGAGUCCCCCAUCCCGAGGAGAAACCACCUCCAGCUCAGCAUAGUUCGGAUUCGUAUGCUGCAACAACCAAGUUCUCAACUCCAGCGGGCAAACUUGGAAGUGCCCAGAUGAAUCCCCUGAAUACCCCUAGCAGGAGUAAUACAGUAAUCAUCUCCGGUAGUGACAUGGACCCAAAGACUUGCAAGAAGAUAAAAGGUCUGGACCUCCUUAGCCGGAUACCUUCCCCUCCACCGAUAACGCCCGUGCGCCCCUCUGUGACGCCAUCAUUACAGAGAGCGUUUCGUCCUCCUCGAAGCAUGCAGAAAGAUGUACAGACCAGUGAACAGCCCAUUCUGAGUAAAGGGGAAUUCGUGGACGAUGAAGAACUGGCCAUGAUCAAUACACAGGCUCUGGUUUCCGGUUUAGAGAAAAGGAAAAUACAGCAAAAAAUAGAAAUGUCAGCUGAGAAGACGGAAAAGAUCUCUCCUGACCAGUCUGAUGGGAAACCUGAUCCUUCAGGUAAUGAUACAAAGAAAGAAGACACUGGCCAUGGGAAACUCCACAAAAGAAGAAGACACAAACUUUAAACAAUAUCUGUUCUUUAUUUAUACAAAUACUGUAUAUAUGUUUAAAAUGUUAAUAUACUGUAAAUAUAAAAAAAUUAUUGUACUGGAAUGUAAAAUAUGAGAAAAAAAAUAAUAAAGAACUCCAGCAAGUAUAUAAGAAUGGAUUGUCAGGGGCAUGAACACUCCUGUGAGCCUUCCCACUGCAGCUUUACACCUCAACUAUAUGGAUGGUUUUAAUCUCAGCAAUAUUAUCACUGCACUGGAAGUGAUGGCAGAUUACAUUCACCCAGUGUAGUUUAGGCCUUGUUCCAUUCCUGCGGCAAUUCCUGCAAAUGCAUGGUGUGUAAAAAUGUUAUAUAUAUAUUUUGUUCAGAAAUCUUUCCAUAAAAAAAAAAAAG